GCACGUUGGACCAUCCAACAUAUAUUUAUACUUGUCACGGGCAAAACCAUAAUAGUAGUCCUAAAAUUACUACAUAUUAUUAGCCUCUUCCUCUCUUUAGGGGUGAACAAGUUUUGAACUCUAGUUUUAAUUCGAUACAGUAAUAGUUAAUAAUGAUGAUGGAAAUGGAAGAAGAAGAAUAUGGUAGCAACUACUAUGUUCAAAGUCCAUCCUCAGUCUCUCAUCAUCGUCGUGCUAACAGCACUACGACGACUUAUACUGAGUCUGGCCGUAACCCUCAACUCUUAUCACUUCCUUCUUAUAACGAAGAAGAAGAUCAAGAUCAGUGUUACCCAACCAAACCACUUCUCAACAACCAAGACCACAAUGCAUCAUCUAUAGUGGCUAGGACCAGCACCUUCAGUGGCAAUCUGUCUCGUUGCUCGUCUUCUCGAGCCUCAACCACUUCUUUCAUCCACCAGAAUGACGUGAUGAGGAUGACUAAUGUACUAUCUUGUGAUCAUGCAAAUGGUAUCCUCAGUUCUUCAGCUGGAAAGACGACGAAUAUUGUUAUUAAUAAAAAUAAUGAUAUGGUUGUGCCUGUUAUGAGUGUUAAAAAAAUGGGAAAAGUUGAUGAUGAAGAGGAGUUGUAUAAUUUUGAUAAUGAUGAAGGAAAGUGUUGGAAGUAUUUAUCAUUCAACACAUACUCUUCUUAUGUUUGGAUUGGGUUACAACUUUUAUGGAGGUUUUUGCUUAGUGCAAUGCUUGCUUUGCUUGUUUUCUACCUCGUUACCAAGCCUCCUCCUCCCCAUAUUUCAGUCAAGGUGAUAGGAGUGAACCAAUUUGAGCUAACGGAGGGAGUUGAUUUAACUGGAGUAGCCACAAACUUUUUGAGUUGCAACCUUUCAAUGGCGCUUAUAAUUGACAACAGAUCUAAAGUGUUCGGUCUUCAUAUCUUGCCUCCCAUCAUCAAUGUUUACUAUGGUCGUGUACCAUUUGUCAUGUCUCGAGGGGCAAACAUGUACGUUCGGAGCCGAGAAUGGAGGGAAAUGUCGGUAUCGGCGGGGACAACGAAGAAGGCAAUGUACGGAGGUGGAAGAAACAUGGAAGACAUGCUAAACUCACAAACAGGACUCCCUUUGUUUGUCACUCUCAAGUUCAGCUCUUAUAUUAGAGUGGUUCAAAACUUGAUUCAGUCCCACUUCCAUCAUCAAGCUCACUGUUUAUUGCUUCUUCGUAAUUUGAAUGAUCAACAACAUCACACUACUCUCACUCACUCUGUAAACACCACUUGCAACCUUCUCACUUCCUAAUUUUAUUUUUAUGUUUAUUUACUUAAAUAGAAGUCGAUCUUAAGAUUAUGAACUUUAUGUGCCAAAAAUGUAAUCUCAACUCGCCAAAAUAUGAUCAAUGCAUGGGAAGUAGUAUAUUAUAUAAUCUCUAUUGUAAUGUUGUGUUUUUGCGUACUAAUAAUUUUGAUAGUUACUUGCUUUUAUAUAAAAAUAGAUACUUCCUAUGCUGCAUAAUUAAUGAGAUAGGAGGCUAAAAUAGUUGACUAGUUCUCCGAGAGGUCAAACUUCAAAUAUCACCAUACUCCUUUUAAAAGAUAUUUUCUUGAACUUCUCCUUUUUUAGGAUCGGAUAGACCUUCUCAUGCAUUAAAAUCCAAUAAAAAAAACUAAACAAC